GAUAACAAUUGCAAAUUAUGAGUAAUUUUAUUUAGUGCGCGACCUCCGCUGGAUAAAUUGUUGUAACAAAGAAACCACAGAGUUCUGAUUAACUUAAAAACACAAUGAUCUCAAACAAAAUUGCUCUUUUGUUUCUAAUCCUCCACGCAGGGUACACUGUUGUAAUAAAUGGCCCCAUUUUCGACCCACCCCCACCAGACGAAGCGGCCAAAAUGGCCAGAUACAUCAUGGCCAAUUCUGAAUGGAUUUCCAUCGCUACCAUUUCCACAAUGAAAAAUAUAAAAGGCUAUCCAUUUAACGCGAUACAGAGUGUGAGUGAUGGGACACCUUCAAACAGCACGGGAGUCCCAUAUCUGUAUUUAACAGAUCUGGACGCCACAUCGCAAGAUCUUGCCAAAGACAAUCGCUGCACGAUCACAGCUUCAUUAGCUGAAACCGAUUAUUGUGACCGGAAAAAAUAUGACCCUGAGGACCCACGAUGCGCCAGAUUGAUGAUUACUGGGCGAAUGCUCAAAUUGGACAAGAAAAGUCCUGAAUAUCAGUUUGGCGAAAACGCACUGUUCUCAAAACAUCCAGUAAUGAAGUCAUGGCCAAAGGAUCAUAACUUCUACGUCACUAAGUUAGACAUCGAACAACUAGCACUUUUUGAUUUCUUUGGCGGCAUCAAGUACAUUUCCAUUGAAGAUUAUUUUAACGUUUCUACCCACGUUUUUGAAGACAUAAUCUUUGAAAGGGUGGAAUUUAUUGAAAUAACUGCAUAACCUUUACCAUACUGAUACACAGCCCAACUUUAUUUAAAUGAUACAAUUUUCCUUUUUUUUACAUCACAAUCUAAUCACAAUAAUUACAAAAAAAUUAAUUGUAUAAACGCGCUAUAGCAGCGGAUACUUACUGAACUGCAAUUAAAACGAAAUGAAAAAAUCCAAA